UUUACAAAUUGUCUAAACUGUCAAAAUUUUUCAUUUUUUGGUGACUGUAUAAACAGAGAAAAUGAAUGUUAUUUUAGCUAUAAAGCAGUAUAUCAGUAAAAUGAUUGAAGACAGUGGGCCUGGAAUGAAAGUUUUGUUGAUGGAUAAAGACACUACCAGCAUUGUCAGUAUGGUUUAUGCACAGUCAGAAAUCCUACAGAAAGAAGUAUACUUAUUUGAAAGAAUAGACUCUGCAGGCAGAGAAACCAUGAAGCACCUAAAAUGUAUUGCUUUUGUCAGACCAACCAAAGAAAAUGUAGAAUUAUUAGCACAAGAACUAAGAAUGUCUAAAUAUGGGUUAUAUUAUAUUUAUUUUAGUAAUGUAAUAAGCAAACAAGAUGUCAAAGUAUUAGCAGAGGCAGAUGACCAAGAGGUUGUUAGGGAAGUGCAGGAAUUUUUUGGAGAUUAUGUUGCUGUCAGUCCUCAUUUAUUUACCUUAAAUAUAAAUGGAUGUUGUCAGGGUCUGAAUUGGUCAACAGAUUCACUAGCUAGAAGUACACAGGGUUUAACAUCAGUACUGUUGUCACUGAAGAAAUGUCCAAUGAUAAGAUACCAGAAUUCUUCAGAAACAGCAAGAAGACUUGCAGAGAGUGUCAGGCAAACCAUAAACAAAGAAGCAGCAUUAUUUGAAUUUAGAAAGACAGAUGUAGCUCCAAUAUUGUUAAUACUUGAUAGGAGAGAUGAUGCUGUUACCCCUAUACUGAAUCAGUGGACAUACCAAGCUAUGGUACAUGAGUUGAUAGGUAUUGCUAACAGCAGAAUAAACCUCAGUAAUGUUCCUGGUAUAAGUAAAGAACUACAGGAAGUUGUACUGUCUCCCGAACAUGAUGAAUUUUAUGCAAAUAAUAUGUAUAGUAAUUUUGGAGAAAUUGGAAACAACAUUAAAGAGCUAAUGGAUGAGUUCCAAACUAAAUCUAAAAGUCAUGAAAAAAUAGAAUCUAUCAGUGAUAUGAAGCAAUUUUUAGAACAAUAUCCACAAUUUAAGAAAAUGUCUGGUACAGUAUCCAAGCAUGUGACAGUUGUAGGAGAGUUAUCUAGACUUACAAACAAACAUCAUCUACUAGAGGUCUCUGAACUAGAGCAAGAUAUAGUGUGUCAAGGAGAUCACUCAGCAAUACUACAGAGAAUCAAAACUUCAAUAGCUUCUGAGAAGAUUCAGCAUAUUGAUAUGUUACGUUUAGUUAUGUUGUAUGCUCUGAGAUAUGAAAGCCAUAGUAACAAUGAUGUAUCAGGAUUGGUUGAUGCUUUACGAAAGAGGGGUGUCAGUGACAGACUCAGAAUGAUGGUUCAUGCUGUGUUAGAUUAUGGUGGGAAGAAAUCCAGAGGAAGUGAUUUGUUUGGUAACCAGGAUAUUGUUUCUAUAACCAAGAAAUUUCUUAAAGGUGUUAAGGGUGUGGAGAAUGUUUAUACACAACAUAAACCUUUGUUAUACAGCUUGUUAGACCAAUUGAUAAAGGGCAAACUAAAAGAAGGAGCUUAUCCCUACUUAGGAGUCAGUCAGUUGAAAGACAGACCACAAGAUAUAAUUGUAUUUGUAAUUGGUGGAACAACCUUUGAAGAAGCCUUAGCUAUACAUACUCUUAACAGAAGUAGUCCAGGGAUUCGUAUCAUAAUUGGAGGCACAACUGUUCAUAAUUUCAAAAAUUUUCUUGAUGAAGUAGCACAGGGUGUUCAAGGUCAGAGUUCAAGUAAUGUAGGACCAAGAUACCACAGAAGAUGAAUUAACUACAACGGUUCAUGUUCAUCAUUUACAAUAUAGUUAAAGUUCAGGAACAAAAUCAGAUGUUAUAAAAUAGUUUAUAAUGGCAUCAUUGAAUAUUAUAAAAGUAUUUAUGAUAAUCAGGGGAUGUUCAAGUUAACACUUGAAAUCACUUGCAACCUUUUGUGAUGAUUGCAGUAAAAUUGUUAGAUGAUAUGUCUGCUAUUUAAUAGAAAUAACUUUGUUAUGUACUAAAAUACCUUAUAUUUGAUAUCUAAAUUUAGGUCUAGGACAAAUGGACCGUAAAAUGUAAGUGCUGCAUAGAUCUUGUAAGAGCAUUUUCUAAGAGAUAAAAUUUUUCUACAAGUAUAACCUCAAGAAGAUAUACUAUUAAAAUGGAUGCAGGACAAAAGUAGGGUUGUAGUUAUUUAGUAUCAAUAUUUAUUAUAAAUAAUAAGUAGUGCAUUACUGUUGGAAUUUCUAAUUUCCUUUGAAACUAUAUAAAGUAAUCAGUUGAUGUAAAAGGAAAAGUAUGAAGUACUAUUAUUGAUUUGAUUUGAUAUUAAAAAUAUCCAGAAGGUCAUCAAGGUUUAAGCAUACUUUUACUUUACAACAAAAUAAGAUGGAGUGGCAGGAUUACAAAUAACUGAUCAUUCCAAAUAAUUUUAUUUAUGAUUUUUGUUUAUACAUAAAAGUAUUUACAAUGAACAAUAAUUUAUUUGUGAAAUGUUUUUGUUUAAUUAUUCAUUGUUACCUUGUGCAUGUUUAAAUAGAUAGUGUGUGAGUGCUGUUGAAUGAGUUUGUAUGUUAAGCAAGGGAUGGUGCAAUAAUUGUCUGUUAUAAAAAUUCAAUAAAUAUAUUUAAAAUCUA